AUGAAGGAAUUAUAUGAAGAAAUUUUUUUAACAUUAGGGAAAAAGGCAAAUACCCUGAAUUAUUUGGUGACGUACUUUGAAGAUUAUACUGAUUGUGAAAGUAACUUACCGACACCAACGAUACCGAUAAACUUUUCAAAAUUUCAUAACUUGAAAUUGUUAAAGAUUUAUAAUUAUUACCUUAGAUUUGAAAAUCAAAUUCAAAGUUCAUGUUAUAAAAAUCUUAGAACCCUUCAAGUAAAUUAUAUUCAAAUCAGCACAACCAUUUGCGUGAUUAAAAACUGCGAAGGGCACCUCAGGAAAAUUUUAGUCAAUUCAUAUGAUAAGUCGGAUAAUUAUUAUGAAGAAUCUCUUCUCCUCAUCCGUACGGUUUAUGAAUAUUGUCCUUUGGUCGAAUAUUUGUCACUCUCAUUUCCAAAAUCAACAAUUCAUUUCGUUGAAUUCGAAAAAUUACUAAAAGCAUGUCUAAAUUUGAAGUCGUUAUUAUUAAAAAUCAAUUGUUAUUAUCACGAUGCAAAAUCGCGUGAGAAGGCAAGUCUUGAAAUAGGAAAAGAAUUAUCAAGAAUAUUAAUAAAAUCAGCACCAGAUAAUUUAAGAGAAAUUAGAUUAACGGAUACGAAUAAGAUUAAAUUUUCAUUGGAAACCUUAGAUGCUUUUUUAGAUAAUUGGAGAGGUCGAACUCCACUUUCGAUAAUUAUUUCAGAUCCUUUAUAUAAAAAAGAAGAAUAUAUGGAAAUCUUAAAUAAGUACAUGGAUGAUGGAGUGAUUAAAGAAUUUAAAAUUGGUUAUAGCGCGUGUUGGUCGUAUUUGUCGUUUGAAGAUUAA